GGUUCUUCACUUCAAGCUCUAUUCUUAGUUCAGCAUUAUCACUUGGUUUCCUACGAAGUUUCCCAAUAUCUGCACUUCUGGUUUUUGUCUCUUAACAUGGCACCGCAUGGAGAAGCUAUUACUAGCAUUUACACCAGGAGCAGCAACUUCCCCAAGCCACCGAUACUCUCAAACGACAGCCUCCAUCGGACCAUAUCGGAUAUCUCUUUCCAACUGAGCAAGGAAGUGCUUGAUAAUUAUAAAGAAGCAGCAUCUGUAGUAGUGGAUGAGAAACAGCUCCCACCCAUAUCCGAAGUCGAAGAUGCAAAGUGUGAGUGUUGUGGCAUGAGUGAAGAGUGCACCCCAGAGUACAUCGAGCGUGUCCGCAACAAGUUCUUAGGGAAAUGGAUAUGUGGGUUAUGUGCUGAGGCAGUGAAAGAAGAGAUGGAAAAAAAUGGGGCCAAGAUACAGGAAGCUUUAAGUGCACACAUGAAUACAUGUGCAAGGUUUAACAAGUUUGGGAGGGCUUAUCCAGCUUUGUUGACAGCCGAAGCCAUGAGGAAGAUUUUGAGGAAGAGCUCGAGAUUGGAAGGGAAAAGUCUUAGGGCCAAAUCUAUUAGCCCUAGGGAUAGAGGAGCUCAAAAGAAAGGUGGGAUCGCUAGGAGUUCCAGUUGCAUUCCAGCAAUUACAAGGGAGAUCAAUAAUCUCACAAUAGCAAACUGAUGAGUAAUUGCCCCAAAGGUUUCUUUUCUCUUCCUGUCCAUCUCCUUUUCAGCCUUUGCUUUAAGCUCUUGGUAAUUUUUUUUUUUCAUGGCCUUUGUUCUUGUAUGGACCAAACCUUUUUACUCAACAUCAUCAGACCUUGAAAGUUUUUUGGGUUCGGUCCAAACUCUCUUUAUACAUGAAAUCAACUAAAGGAGUAUUAUUUUUCUAUAUAUCCUUGGUUGAUUAAUUUGUAUAAUUUGCUAAUUUGAUCUCUGAUUUUUCUUUAGAAUUUUCCUUUUUUUUAGGUGGGCACAAAAUUCUUCCUUCUUUUCUCCCACCAGUUCCAGGGAUGUUUCUUAGAACCAAAAACUUAACCACCCUUGGCUGGGUUUUUUAGGCUGGUUUAAAUGCUUCCUUUCCCUUCCUUGUCCUUUCCCCCAUGUGUUCCGCUGGUUUUAUAGUAAUUUCUAGAAGUAAAGAGCUAGGGUUAGCUGUAAAAUAAUUUCGUGCAGAGCCGGCGUGUCCUUUUCUGCUUCAGUUUACUCGAACCUCGAGCUGCUUUAUUACUAGUGCUAGCAAGCAAUUGCAUCUAAUUUUUAUGUAUUAAAGCCCCAUGUAUCCCGGGAUAUUGUUAUUGUAUGAUAUAUAUCAAUAAAUGACAUCUUUUUAUAUUUGAGCUCCUGCAUGUUUUUUCUCUGCUUCAAAGUGAAAUCAGUUACGUUGGAGUUCUGAGUAACUACCACAAAUGAGAAGAAGGAAAAUUAAGCAGAUGAUGUAUGUCUUUA